GGGGCCCCCUUAUGAUAACAAAAUUCAACCCAUUCCUGUCAUUUUGUAUUUCUAUAAUGACCUGGCCUACCCUCGUAUGAUUUCCUCUUGAGUAACUCCUUGUUUAAUUUUCGCAGUAGUGAAGGGGAAACAGAUCUAUGUUUCUCGCUACUCUGGUAAAGACUUCCUUUCCUGUGGCGAAACGAUCGAAUCAGCUUGUAAAACCAUUGGUCGUGCUGUUACGCAGGCGCAAUGGAACGACACCAUUUGCAUUGAUGGCACUGGAACAUCUCGUGAUCCCUAUCCUUGCUCAUCGGGUACAUCAGAUCCGGAGCAAAUUUACAUCAACAUGAGCCUAUCGUUUGAAGGGUAUGGAGAAAAUGAGGCAAUCCUUCAGUGCUCCUCUUCAAGGCAAAUGUUGUUUGAUGGCAGGAAUUUAACUAGAAAUGUUGUUAUUCGGUUUUCUGGCCUUACGUUUUUGAAUAGCCACGUUACUGUACAGAAUUGCUCGCUGUUUGUAGAUAGUUGUCAUUUCAAAGAUGCCAUGUCUUUUCCAAACGCAACAGGUGUAGUUCAUUUUGAAUCGUUUGAUGAACAUGACCUUUCCUUGAGGGUUGGGCGGUCCAAGUUUAUCAACAAUGGUUUUCCAUGUAUCUAUGUCCUUGGGAGCAGACCGAAAAUCCAAAUUUUCGAAACUGCGUUUAUCAACAAUACCGCCAACGGUACAAGCGCUUUGUUUAAGUGGAUUUAUCAGAGUAUUUUUAUGGUGCUGUUGCCAACCGAACGUUUAAGAUAUCCCAGGACAUCUGUUUCGUUAACCAGCAGUUUAUUCGUGGGAAACAAAGCGCCUUUAGGAGGGUGCCUUUAUUUGGAGGGGAUCAUCUCUGGGGAGACGACAAACAGUCAAUCCCAACGACAUCGCAGCAAGAAGACACAGAUUAGAAAUGUGGACAACAAAUCGCAUUUAUUCUUCUCAAGCGAAACAGGACGUUUGCUGUCCAUCAGUAAAGUUUCAUUUUCCAGCAAUCUAGGA